GUUUGCUUCUUAAUCCAUCCAAUUCCAAAAUAAUCUCUUUGCAACUGCAUAUUCAAUUCCAUCCCUUUCUUUUCUCUCUGCAAAAGGAACACAAAAAUGUCAACCAAUUCCGAAACCGCGACGGUUGUUGCGCGUGGCCGUUUGGCCAUGCUCACAGCUCACCUCCGUCCCUUCUCCGCUGAUGACGUGGCAUCAGCUCUUCAGCCUCUCCGUCUCUCCGUACAGUCGUCUCCGCCUCCGAACGUGAAGGGAACGUUGACCGUCGUGGACGAAAGGACCGGAAAAAAGUACACCAUUGAGGUCUCAGCUGAAGGCACGAUCAAAGCCACUGAUCUCAAGAAGAUAACAACGGGGAAGAAUGACAAGGGUCUCAAGCUUUAUGAUCCAGGCUAUUUGAACACCGCCCCUGUUAGAUCAACUAUUAGUUAUAUCGAUGGUGAUGAGGGGAUUCUUAGAUAUAGAGGGUAUCCAAUUGAGGAGCUUGCAGAGAAAAGCAAUUUUACAGAAGUAGCCUAUCUCAUUUUGUAUGGAAAUUUGCCUUCUGAAAGUCAGCUAGCUGAAUGGAAGUUCGCUAUAUCUCAACAUUCAGCUGUUCCACAAGGUGUUUUGGAUCUUAUACAAGCAUUGCCCCAUGAUGCACAUCCUAUGGGUGCGCUUGUUAAUGCCAUAAGUGCUCUAUCCAUUUAUCAUCCCGAUGCGAAUCCUGCUCUCAGAGGUCAGGGUGUUUAUAAUUCAAAUCAAGUGAGAGAUAAACAAAUAGCACGGGUUAUUGGAAAGAUAACAACGAUAGCUGCUGCAAUUUAUCUCAGAAUUACAGGAAGACCACCUGUGCUUCCAUCCAACAAUCUUUCUUUCACUGAGAAUUUCUUAUACAUGCUAGAUUCCCUGGGCAAUCGGUCAUAUAGACCCAACCCUAAGCUAACUCGUGCACUGGACAUCAUCUUCAUCCUGCAUGCAGAGCAUGAAAUGAAUUGUUCUACAUCCGCUGUUCGACACCUUGCAUCAAGUGGUGUUGAUGUAUUCACUGCUGUUGCUGGGGGUGUUGGAGCUCUAUAUGGACCUCUUCAUGGUGGAGCUAAUGAGGCUGUCCUCAAAAUGCUGAGUGAAAUUGGAAGUGUUGAGAACAUUCCGGAGUUCAUUGAAGGUGUCAAAUCCAGGAAAAGGAAGAUGUCUGGUUUUGGUCACAGAGUAUACAAAAACUAUGAUCCCAGAGCAAAGGUCCUAAGAAAACUGACAGAGGAAGUUUUUGCAAUUACUGGCCGGGAUCCUCUUAUUGAGGUUGCAGUUGCCUUGGAGAAGGUUGCACUAUCUGAUGAAUAUUUCAUCAAGAGGAAGCUAUAUCCAAAUGUUGACUUCUACUCUGGAAUAAUUUAUAGGGCCAUGGGGUUCCCACCUGAGUUUUUCACUGUUUUAUUCGCAAUCCCUCGAAUGGCCGGAUACUUGGCACAUUGGAGAGAGUCAUUGAAUGAUCCUGAUACAAAGAUUAUGAGACCUCAUCAGGUUUAUGUUGGAGAAUGGUUGCGACAUUAUAAGCCGAUCAACGAAAGGAUUGUAUCAAGUGAUGGUGACAAGCUUGGCCAGGUAGCCAUGUCGAAUGCCUCAAAGCGGCGGCUCGCUGGAUCAGGGAUGUAGUUUAGAACCCUAGUUUGGAUGAGUGUCAUGACCAAAAGGUUAUACAUAGAAAAUGUAGGGAGGACGUAAUUCCUUGUUUUUGGACUUGUAUUACUUUGCUAUAACCAGGGUGAUUCAUAGGGAGCAUGUCACUGGAUAAAUAAUGCAACUUCAGUCUCAUCCAUGAAAAAUGAUGUUGGGUGGGAUUAGUUGUUCAAGCCAUGUAUUCAAGCACUAUAUAUAGGUGCUACUCCUUCUACUUAUGCCUUUUAAGUACUUUGUUAAAUAUUAAUUUUGAUUUUAUUCUUGAAAAUAAAAUGAAGAUUGUUACGUUUCA